UGGUCGAAUUACAUUUUAAAUUUAAGUGCGCGCGCCUCUUGGUGCAAACGAAAGAGCCGGAGGAGCAGAUAACCCGCUUCAGAGUUAACGGUUUGUCUCCACGUUAAAAUAAAAUCCCCGGGGAAAACAGCACAAUGUCUGAGGAGAAGCCAAAGGAAGGAGUGAAGACGGAGAAUGACCACAUUAAUCUGAAGGUAGCUGGUCAGGAUGGGUCAGUAGUACAGUUCAAAAUCAAAAGGCAUACUCCUCUAAGCAAACUCAUGAAGGCAUACUGCGAAAGACAGGGAUUGUCGAUUCGUCAGAUAAGGUUUAGGUUUGAUGGACAGCCGAUAAAUGAAACAGACACACCUGCACAGCUGGAGAUGGAGGACGAGGACACUAUUGAUGUAUUUCAACAACAGACAGGAGGAGCCUGUUCCUAAACGGGAUGUGGACUCUACUCUUGGAAGAACCUCCACAUUAUUAUUUUCAUGGUGUAUUUGUUGACUUCUGUUUUUACCUUUUUCUUUCUUCCUCUCACUGUGCUUGGCUAAACGUCAGGCUGUUCACAACACGAAAGAAGGUAGAGGUUUCUCAUUUGGAGCCAAAGCCGAACUUUGAGAUGCAGGGUUAUGAUUCUUAUUAUUUUUAACAUGUUUGAUUCACAGAAACUCAACGGAUAAUUUGAAACAGUCUAAGGCAGGGACAGUCUCAGAUCAGAAAUGGCUCCUGAUGAAGAAGAACCUCUCUCUGUCUUUGGAUGUUGAGAUGACCUCCUGCAUGUCUCAUAAACCAUAAGCUGAACAACAUGCCAAAACUUUCUUUUCUUUUUUCACACUGUUGUAAACAUUCAACUUCAGGUUACUCUCAACUGUUUUUAAUUCAUGUCCUUGUUAAGAUUUCUAUGUGGGGAAAACUGCUGGACGGCAGACUGUGUUUCCACUUCAUUGAUGAGAUGGAUGACAUAUUUCUCAUGUAACAAAAUUUUAGUAGUCUUUUUUUUUUUUCUAAGAAAUAUUAAAGAUAAUUUGAUGUA